CGAGAAACAAGCAUUACACUCGGAAUCGCUCAAUCAUUUAAAGGUGAAAUUUAAUAACAAUGGGCACAAGCGAUUUUUACUUGAGUCUGAAGAAGCAAAGGAAAUACAGAAAGGAAUCGUACUUCAUUUAUAAAAGAAGAAAAUGUUUAUAUGGAGGGUAGCAGCUUUUUUGAUAGUAUUACAAGCAGUAAAUACAAAUGCUGAGGAUUACAGUAAGGAUUCACUUUAUGAUAAAGCUUCUUUACCGUUACAUGGGAUUCCUUUUUCGCACCUUAUUACAAAGAGUCCAAGUCCGGAGGAAAAAGAUGUUGAGUUGUCCCGUCGGAAAGAGUCUACAAAAAGAUCAAAGGAUGACAAAUACCCUAACCUAUAUGCGUCUGCUUUUAAAAAUCUUCUUCGAGUGCAUAGCGAUAUAAUUUCUACCAAAUCUUCCACUUUUCCUUUAUUGCGUAAGCAUUUUAGACCAGCUGAAAGCAAGAAAUCCUUGAGGCACCAAGAAACAUUAAACACAAAUUCUUUACGUAAAAAGAAUAAAACAUUCACUCCCUUUCUAAAAGACAACUUUCGCAAGCCUGAUUUACCCGAGGAAACAUCAGAUGAGUUUAAGAAAUUAUUAACGUCAGAUAAUAAAUUCCGCUUGUAUUUUUCUGGAAACAACUCUCGUUUCAAACGAAAUGCAAAUUUUGAAGUUUCAUCCGAAGAAACAACCGAAAUUGUACCUCAUAAGGAGACAUCGUAUACGUUUCAAACUGAAAAAAAUCCAACUACAACUGCAUCAACGAAGCUAACAGACGGUAAAUCUCAAUUCGAAUCAAACGUCACUUCGUCAAAAGAAAAUAUAAUCACAACAGAACAAGGUACCUCAAGUGACGGAAAUUCCACCAGCUCUACCACAAUCGGUCCAACAGAUCCAAGCUUGACAGAUGAUCAGAAUUAUGGCCGUGUUUGCGUAAUGAUAUGUGGUUCGGUUAUCACAACUGUUAUUCUGCCCAUGUGGUUCAAAAAAUGUGUAUCUUGUUGCAAAAAAUGCUUCUGCAAAGGCUGCUCAGAAUCGACUGAAAAUUAAACUAAAAUGUGAAAACAAUAACAAUCAACUAUCUCAACUGUUAUGCUGCUCAUUUAUUUUUUAAAAAAAAUGUUUCUUGAUGUAGAAAAUGCUGCAAAUGAUCUAUCAGAAUCAACUGUCAAUUAAAUUAAAAUGUGAAAAAAAUAAUAAUGAACUGUCGCAACGGUUAUGAUGCGCAUGUAUUUCAAAAGAUGUGUCUCUUGUAAAAAAUGCUGCUGCAAAUACGCUACCAGAAUCUAUAGUCAAUUAAAUUAA